CCCACAAAUUGAAUAUCUGCAAACCCUAAAUUACCAGAUCAGGAGAGAGGGCAGGGCCACUGCGGUUGCUGGCCUGCCCCCUUCGCAUCCGCUGGUUUUCCACGCUGCUGCUCGCGGCGAGCAUCGAGCGUCUGGGGUAACUCAGGCGACCCAAAACCUGUUUGAUUCAGGCCUCGCCUUGGCUACGGCGAACCAGAAAUUGUAGCUCUAGCGAGGCCGAGCGGUUCAAACGAUUGGAACGGCAAUUGAUUCGCGUCCUUCGUUCUAUCCUGGUGACACUCCCAACGAACAUUAUAUUUAACAGUGUGUUAGAUUCAUCAUAAUGGAAGAUGAAACAUCCAGUGGUAGACAUGAGGCCUUCUUUCAAAAUAAACAAGAAGCAAGGGAAGAGGCAUACCCUGAUUCCUUGGCUGAGGAUGUGCUGGGAGAUUUUCGUCUGCCUAUAUCUCACAGGCCCACAGAAAACCUUGAUACUGAUAACCUGGAGCAAGCAUCUUUGGAUACACAACUAACAUCAUCCAAUGUAGGAUUUAGACUUCUGCAGAAGAUGGGGUGGAAAGGAAAGGGUCUUGGGAAGAAUGAGCAAGGCAUUACAGAGCCCAUAAAGGCUGGAAUGAGGGACCCAAAGCUUGGGGUUGGAAAGCAAGAAGAGGAUGAUUUUUUCACGGCUGAAGGAAACGUGCAAAGAAGGAAGCUUGAUGUUGAAUUAGCUGAGACUGAAGAAAAUAUAAAAAAGCGGGAGGUUGUAGCAGAGCGCGAGCAGAAAAUCGAAUCUGAGGUCAAGGAAAUAAAAAAGGUCUUUUUUUGCAAUCUCUGCAACAAACAGUACAAAUUGGCAAUAGAAUUUGAAAGUCAUCUGAGCUCUUAUGACCACAAUCAUAGAAAGAGAUUCAAAGAAAUGAGAGAAAUGCAUGGAAGCAGCCGUGAUGAUAGGCAGAAAAGAGAACAAUUACGUCAAGAGAAGGAAAUGGCCAAGUUUGCACAAAUGGCAGAUGCACAUAAACAACGCCAACAACAGCAACAACAGCAGCACCAACAACAGCAGCAGCAACAGCAGGAAGGUUCUGGGACCUCCUGCGAUGUCAGUGCACCAAAGGUUUCUGCAAAAGUACUACAACAGGACCAGCGACAGGCUCUGAAAUUUGGCUUCUCUAAGCAAGGCAAUGCCAAGACUUCAACUGGUAGCAAUAGUAAGAAGCCAAAGGUGGCUAUCAAGGUAUCUUCAAUCUUCGGCAACGACGAUAGCGAUGAGGAGUCGUAGGAAUUUCCUUGGAAGGCUAUCAGUGACAUGUGCCAUGUUUGACGAAAGCUGUAAUACUAUUUCUUGGCCGAAUGGCCUUAGAAUGUGCACUGUAAAAUCUGAUGCAAAUCGACCAACAUAUGUUGACAUUUCUUGUGUAUUUUAACCUUUAAUUUUAAUCUUCA